AUGGAAUGUAAAUAUGCAGGACCUAAAUUAACUUACUACAUUGAGAAGGCAAGGAAUGCUCUGCAAGUUGCGUUUUUGGCAAUUGUAGGAAUUGGGGAACGAUUGCAAAUCAAGUAUUCUUUACGUCAACUCGAAAGUGGCUUUAAUUACCCAGCUGAUAAUGGAUCUUGUUCAACGAUUUUUGGUUUGGUAUUAAGGGGAAAUGGUUACAACUUUAUAACGGCUAUGCGAGUAGAUUUGUUAACUGUUGAAUCAAUUUCUGACGGUAAAGACAUGGAACGAUUUCUGUUAAUUCAUUUAAUAAUACAAAUUCUCUUGAAACAGGCAGCAAAUACAGAACUUUUAACACAAACUUGGUAUAAAUUAUUUAAGCAAUUUUGCCAGGAAGCCGAUAUUUAUAAUAAAGAUAUAGCAAAUGAAAACAAUUGGAAUUGGAAAUAUGUAGAUUUCUUGACGGAUGUUGAUACCAACCGCGUUAGAAGAACAAAUUCUGAUGCCCCAGAAAAUAUUACAUAUUUUAGAACAUCCUCCAUUAAAUCUGAAUUAACUUCUUUCUCUUACAAAAAAGGAAAUAAUCAUGCUGGUGGCCUUGAUGAUAAAAUACCUGAUUAA